GGAGACUACAUCCUGCGUCAUCUGCCAGUGCCGGAAGUGGGCUGACACACAGCGGCCUCAGGAAUCUGUUAGGGAGCCUCGGGAAGUUUCUCCGUGUUCCGUGGGUAGGGGUUUGGCGGAUUGGCGGUUUGGGAUUGGAAGGGAUAACGAUGGACACACAGAAGGACGUUCAACCCCCAAAACAGCAGCCAAUGAUAUAUAUCUGUGGAGAAUGUCACACAGAAAAUGAAAUAAAAUCAAGGGAUCCCAUCCGAUGCAGAGAAUGUGGGUACAGAAUAAUGUACAAGAAAAGAACUAAAAGAUUGGUGGUUUUUGAUGCUCGAUGAAACGUGAAAUUCAGAGGAAUAUCUUCAUUUGGAUUUGCUGUUGAUGUUGUAUAGCUUUUGAUUUGUGUACUUUAAGAAUACAGCUGUGUAUCAUGAUUUCAUUUUAAAAACCAUAUUGUAUUUAGGGGUCUAUUAAUAGUUUAAUAUAAAGGUAUUUUUGGUUCA